AUGUUUGCAAUCAUUACUGGUCACAACUUCAUUAUUAUCAGUGAUAAUAAUAAAUCCAAAUUGAAAUGUUUAAUGUACAUAAUCCCAAAACUCUCGUUGUGGUUAAAAAAUUGAAUCAAGUUCCAUGGUACACCUACUUUUGCAGCUUAACAGCCGACUUGCUGAUGAUAUCAACUGGUAUGCAAAUAUCUUGGUAUUCGCCUGCUUUCACAAAACUUCUUUCGAAUGAUUCUAUUGUCAAUCCAUUCGGAGAGCCGAUUUCAAUGAUGCAGAUCUCUAUUCUUAGUAUACUACCAUCGUUGGCAGCAGUUAUCAUGUACAUACCUUGGGCGAAAGUAUUGAAUACUAUUGGAGCUAAGAAGACCAUGAGAAUUAUGGCAACCAUACACAUCUGCAAUUUGAUAACGAUAGCUUUUGCAAGAAAUAUCAUCGUUUACUAUGUAUUUCUACCAUUAAUUGGAAUAACUGCUUAUGGAGGUGUACUGGCUUUGACGGUGUAUAAUACUGAAAUUGCACAAGAUUCUCAUAGAGGAACAAUAAAUUGUAUAAUGUCAUUGCAUAUGCCAAUAGGAAUUUUAAUAGGUUACAUUUUAGGAUCAGUUUAUAGCCUAAAAAAUUCAUCGUUAAUAAGUACGACACCCUCUAUCAUAUUUAUUCUACUUUCAUUACUGAUACCAGAAUCUCCAUAUCAUUUAAUAUUUAAACAAAAAAAUACCGAAGGUUAUAAAGCUUUAGAAACUUUAAGAGGUAGAAAGAACGUCAGUGAAAUAGAACUUGAAUACAAUAAAAUAAAAUUAACAAUCGAUAAUGAUAUGUUAUUACGAAAAUUGACUAAAAUUUCAGACUUUGUUAGAUGCAAAUCCAUAAGAAAAGCUUUUUUGAUAAGUACCCAACUUUUUAUUGUAGAGCAAUUAUCGGGAAUAUCAUUUAUAUUGGGUUACGUGACGGUAAUUUUUAGCAAAGCUGGUACUGGUUUAUCAGGAGAUAUUGUCGGAAUUCUUGUCGGAAUAACGAAAUUAGUAUCAUUUUUUCCGGCUGUAUAUUAUAUAGAUAAAUUGGGAAGAAAAACAUUGAUACUCAGUUCCAUCUUUGGCUGUUCAGUUCUGAUGUUACUUCUUGGUAUCUUUUUCUAUUUAGACCAUAUCGGUUCGAACUUAAUUGGUAAUAUUAGAUGGAUAUCAAUACUUUUUACUCUGAUUUACAUAUUAUCGUAUGGUAUUGGAUUAGGAAAUGUACCUUUGGCAUUCGCAGGAGAGAUAUUUCCUAAGGAUGUAAGAUCUGCUGGUGUAGCAACAACAUUAAUAAUAGACACGUUAGUACUGAGUAUCGUAACAUUCAGUUUUCCCUUGGUUUCUACCACUUUAGGAUUACAUUGGUGUUUCUGGAUAUGCGCGGCAGCUUCAUCAAUUGGAUUUAUCAGUAUUUAUUUUACCAUGCCAGAAACAAAGGGAAAAUCUUUUUUAGAAAUACAAAAUCUUUUAGAAAACUAAUCAAAUAAAUUGUGCGAAUAUAUUUUAUCCGGAUAUAAUGGUAGUGUAUUCAGUAUCAUAUCAUACCAACGGUUCCAGAAAAUCGAACUCCAAUAAGUAACAGUUCAGUAUCAAAAUGGAUUGUAUCAAGCAGUAAUUGAAUACAUGCGUUAGAAAGAGUUAUAUAUGUUAUAUUGUCAUUGUUGAACUGACUAUGCACAAAUUGCUUGCAGAUGCAAACUCUAAAAGACGUUUGUUGUCGUCUUAUAAUGAAGUGAAAAAAAAAGACAAAGAAAUUCUUACAAGAUAAGUAACACGGUAUUCCUCAUUAGUGGAAGUUAGUUAAUAGUAUCAAUUUAGUUUUGGAAUUACGUGACGUGAUAAAAAAAAACGCUGGAGAUUUUCCACAAAUGUGUUCUGUUGCAUCAGGAUAACGCACCCACAGAGUUGGAGUUUCUGGCUUCUGAAACCGUUGGUGAUAUUCAUACUGAACACAUUGUUUACACUAACACCCACAAUUACACUGUCUGAAGCGCGCUUCGAUAACAAAGUUUUCGUCUUGAACGCACGUGUAAAUGUGUGCAAUUGCUAUUGCAACAUCCGCAACAGCUCAGGCAGGUUUACAAUAAGUUGAUCACCUGUCAUAUUUUCCAGAUUUUCCAGCCUGUUGUCAAAAUUUGUAUGAUAAACGAUUUUCUUCGGAUAAUAAAGUCAUUGGUAUAGUAAAUUUCUAUUUUUUUAUUUUAUGAUCAGAGGUGAAGCGAAGGGACUUUCUUAUGUUCCUCCUCAAAUUUUAACAAGAUCGAUUUAUUCAUAGAAAAUUGCAAAUUCGAAGUCACAUUAGAAACAACUUCACCACACUUUCUUAGUAGUUGAACUUAGAGGAAAUAUAAAACAAUGAGGUAAUGUUGAUCAUUCAAUAUAAGAAGAUUCAGGUAAUAUAUGGAAUGAAUAUAUAUGUAUUUCGAUAUAUUUAAUGUCUAGAUUUAUUGAAAUUGCUUUACUUACUAUAAUUAAAUAGUAUUUUUGUAGAAAUGUAUAUUUUAAUAAAAAAUUUCUUCUAGUUAAAUAAA